AUGUCACGCCGUUCGACCAACCCAAUUCAGACUCUCAGCAAUCAGCUCCGCAAAAAGGGCUUGGAUAUGGUUGCCGAACCUGUUCUCGACCCAGCAUUCGGUCUGGUAUAUACUUUCAAAUCCGUCAAGCCAGGCAUGAACAACAAUGACGUCGCUUACCGAUUAUAUUAUGCCGGAGAGGUCGCGAAGUGGAGUCCAACCCGACGCAAGGCGAUAGACAGGAUGACCGCACGAACCAAGAAGAAGGAGGAAGAGAGAUUGGAGCGCGAGGCUAGUGGGAGUGUCAGCACGAGUCUGAGUGUGAGUACAGGUGCGAUUACGAGUGAUAAGGGGAGCGGCAGUGGGAGUGAGUGA